AUGGCGGCGCGCGCGCGUCCGGCGGUCACCGCGCGCGAUGUCCUGGACGCGGUGACGACGCGACGCGCGCGCGCGGACGCGUCGUUGAAGAAUGUCAACGGCGCGCUCACGCUGGAGUGCGAGGUGGGGGCGCUGGCGGGUGCGCGCGCGCGCGUGGACCCGAACGAGGCGGUGGGACGCGCGAGCGCGUGCGCGAUGACGCUCAUGCACGAGUGCGCGAGCGCGGAGGAGGCGGCGUCGGCGCACGGGGCGGCUUUAGGGGCGAUGGCGUUGGCGCGGGAGACGCUCGGACGGAGGGCGACGCGCGCGGCGGCGGCGCGCGCGGGGGCGUCGAGACGCGCGAGCGCGUGCGCGAGGACGAUGGCGUCGAUGUUGGCGAAUGUUGGGGAUGCGAUUCGUUCUCCGCUGAGUGGGACGGUGUUUGGGCGGUAUUUGGCGGGAGAUGUGAAGCGCGCGACGGAGUUCGCCGAGGCGCUGUUGGAGGCGCACGGAGACGCGAAGGAUCCGCGCGUGCCGAUGUUUGAGGGCGCGAGCGACGAGAACGAUGGGGAUGGGAUGACGGUGGAGACGUAUCUGGCGUUGAUGGCGGUACCGUGUGGGCCAGUGAAUCGUGAGUGGGGCGGAGCUCAGCCCGUCCUCGUGGCUCGUUUCUUCGCUGCGAUCUUGGCGCUGUUCAUGCGAGCUUGGUUCGACGAGACAUCUAACAAGAUGUCGACGAGACCGACGCAACGGGACAUACGGAACGCGCGUCACAUACUCUUCAACAUAAAUUACGUCCUUUCCGAGUAUUACCUCGCGAUUGAUGAUGAGCACACAGAGGCUGACUGGGCAAGUUUUGCGCAUGCGCUCCGUCCGACGUGGGAGUUCUUACACGUCUUAGCGCUCGACGACAACAUCGAUGACUACUUCGACGAGUCGAUCGUUGGUAAGUUCACGUUCCAUCAAGUCAUUAAGCUAUUCGUGUCGUUGAAUUACGACGUGAUGGUACGUUACAAUACGCUUGAGCCGGUGGAUGUGAGCGGAGAUUUUGCGUCAUCGCUGACACGCAUCAUGGAAAUCAUCGAGCUCUUCACCGCGGACACCAACGCGUUCAAGGACGUCCAAAGUGUUGUUCAAAAUGAGUUGUACAAUGUUUUAACUCUGCCAGAGGACGAGUUCUCACGAAGGUGGCUGCCUCUUGGUGACGUCGGAUCUCGAGUCCUCCGCCUUCUUGGCAGCGAUGCAAAACGUACGACGCCCAUGUUAGCGCUGUAUCAAAUUAUAGGCAACUUGCACGACGCGGAAAAUGAUGUUGAACAAAGCGAAUUUUCGCGAAGGCUCAAACAACACAAAAGUUACUCGAAGGACGCGUGCUUAGCUAAUCUCAGGAGAUUGGGCGUCGCUUUAGACGCGGCACCGGCGAUCAAGCAACCGACGACAGAGGAGAGUGAAAAUUACGACAGGUUCGUCUCAGCGAUCGCCGCGGCGUGA